UAGGUGAAUACAGAUUUACUAUAAUAGCGAAUAACACUGCAGAGCAGAGUUGUGUCUAAAUAAAUGUGCAUCGUGUUUCGUUUUUGACUUCCGGUGCACUUGGGAGCUCACAAACUGAGAACUGAAGCAAAAUAUUGGGAUUAUAAGAAGAUAUCAAGGUGUUUAUCAUGAUUAGAAGAGUUGCUAAGGUCGUUUUGAGUGUGGAACAGUCUGAAGGCGUUGGGGCUCGAGUUCGCCGGAGUAUUGGACGGAAAGAAAUGAAGAAUCUCGACCCUUUCUUGAUGCUGGAUGAAUUCUGUAUCGCCAAACCAGCGGGUUUUCCUGAUCAUCCUCACCGUGGAUUUGAGACGGUAACAUACUUGUUGAGUGGAGUAACAGCCCAUGAAGACUCCUGUGGUCACAGCGGGAGGUUAGAACCUGGGGAUCUUCAGUGGAUGACGGCAGGUCGUGGGGUAAUUCAUGCUGAGAUGCCUGUGUCGGAUGGACGCAUUCAUGGCCUUCAGCUUUGGGUGAACUUGAAAAGUGCAGAUAAGAUGGUGGAGCCUCAGUACCAGGAGCUGAAGAGCAAAGAGAUUCCCAAACCCAGCAAAGAUGGAGUCACUGUGAACGUAAUCUCAGGGGAAGCUCUUGGACUAAAGUCAAAGGUUUACACGAGAACUCCAACCAUGUACCUCGACUUUGUGUUGAAGGAAGGUGCAAAGCAUUUGCAGCCUAUUCCUAAAGGUUGGACAGCUUUCCUCUACACCCUCGCAGGUUCUUUAUGCACUGGCCCAGACGAUGAUCUGAAGACAAUUGAGCCACACCACACAGUGGUUUUGGCAGAUGGUGAAUGCGUCAGAGUGGAAAACAAGGCAGCUGAAGAGUCUCACUUUGUGUUAAUUGCUGGUGAACCCAUUAAUGAACCUGUGGUUCAGCAUGGGCCUUUUGUCAUGAACACACAAGAAGAGAUUGAUCAAGCCAUCUCAGACUACAGAUCAGCCACUAAUGGAUUUGAGAGGGCAAAAGUUUGGCAAUCAAAGAUCGGUCAAAAGUUCUAAAUUUUUCUUGAAGAUCCCUUUCUAUGGGAAUAAUAUGUGCUUUGUUUAUUUUUUUGUGCCUUCAACUUAUUCUGCGGCUCCAAGAAGUAUUUGGAUAUUUAAAUCACACUUAUAACCAUGUUUCAUUUAUUUAAAAGCAACAUAGUAAGCUAUAGUGUUUAAAACAUCCAGCAAAAAGAGGUUUUAAAUGAAGUAUGGACACUUUCUGGAUGUCUUUCUGUUCAUAGUUAAAGGGAUAGUUCACCCAAAACUGAAAAGCACCCCAUGAUCUACUCACCCU